CCUAACAGCUCUUUCUCUCUCGUUACAGGUGAAGAUGAUCAUCGACGCGGACGACACGCUGCCGGCCAUCCUCCGAAGUGGCAGCUACAUGGCGUUCCUACCCAACAACGACGCCCUCAACGCCUACGACGGGGUGAAGGACUCGCGCCUCAUCAACUACCACAUCUCCAACCUUCCGUACCUGGUUCAAGACAUGCCGGAGGAGCUCAACACUGACCUCAUAGGCAACCCCAGAGUCUACGUGACCAAGCUGCCCUCGGAGCGGCCCUCCACCACCGGCUGGGAGCACCUCAUCACCUACAUCAACGACGCCAAGAUUAUCGACGCCAACCACGAGGCCAUCUCCAGCAAGGGGCUUCGGCAGAUGCUUCAUAUCGUGGACCGCGUGAUCACCCCCACCGUGCCGAGGGGCGUCAACCUCUCCACCAUCAACACUGCAUACCUCACGCCCGACGCCCAGAAGCUGCUCCUCAAGCCCCACUACUACGGCUUUGAGAAUGACCUCUCCAUCAAGUUGUUCGAGCAGCGCGUGAGCACCCUGGACCUGCUCAAGGUGUUCAACAUCAGCGGCAAGAACACCUUCUUCAUCCCCACGGACUCGGCCCUCAAUAUGCUGCGGGGUGAACAGGAGCUGGUAGACAAGCAGGUCAUUGACGGCCAUGUGGUGCCCAACAAGGUGCUUUUCACCCGCACGGUCCAGGAUGCCAAGAACGAGUACAAGAGUCUGGCCUUCACCGACAACCUGAAGGUGUACAUCUCCCUGGAGAAUGUGACCUUCUCCGACGACCCCACCGAGGAGGCCACCUACUAUGUGAAGAGUAACACCCUUGCCGCUGACACCUCCCACGUGAAGGGAACCGUGCUGGCCAGGAUCGUGAAGGCAAACAUCCCCGUCAAGAAUGGUGUCGUGCAUUUGAUUGAUCGUCCGCUCAUGAUCGUGGCGACCAACAUCAUCUCCUACCUGCAGCAAGACAGAGGGCAGCUCAGCAAGUUCUACGACCUGAUCCGUGAACGCAAUGUUGACCUCUCAAACACCCUGGCCGUGGGGUCCUCUCUGACUGUCUUCGCUCCAUCCAACGAGGCUUUCAAGAUGGUCAACAAGGAGCGUUUCAAGCUGGUCCAGAAAAAUAAUGAAAAGAUUUCCAAGCUGCUGAGGAUGCACAUUGUGGAGCGCCGCCUCACCACGGACGAGAUUGUGGACCACACCAAGGAGGUCAACACCCUUAACCCCGGCCGCAAGCUUUAUUUCAACGUGAACGAUCGUGGCACAGCAGUUCCCAUCGUGACUCUGGAGGGCGCCGGGGUCAACGCUUCCAUCACCACCCCGAACAUUGCCGCCAAGAAUGGAGUCAUCCACAUCAUCGACCGGAUACUCGGCAUUCCAUCCCAGACUGUUUACGAGAAGCUGGCAACCGACCCGACUCUCAGUUUAACGUUCCAGCUCAGUGAACAGGAAGGGUGGAACGAGCGACUCAAGAACCGCAACGAGCUCUUCACCUUCUUCGUUCCAAGCAAUGCCGCCUGGGAGGAGAUCCAUCGCACUAUCCCCUCCGCCUACAAGAAGCUUUUCAUGGGCUCCUUUUCCUACCAUGUGCGCUACAUCCUGGACCGCCACAUGAUCGCCAACCAAGCCUUCAGCCUGGACGACCUGCUGAGCCUCACCACCAACGUCACCAUCACCGGCAAGAACGUUCAGCAGCACCGCCUCGACAUGACCCGCGGCAAGGUGUACUUCCAGGCCCGCGUCACCAGCAGCUUCGGAGACUCCACAGAUGAAAAUGACACACAGAUAGAAAUGAAGGAUGGCAAUAGCACAGCAGGUGUGGUCCAUGAUCUUCCAAUAGGACAAUCACCACAAUCGCCAGAGUACUACACCGAGUGGAACGGAGUGCGCGCCCACGUGAGCCGCCCCGACAUGGAGUGCGUCAACGGCGUGGUGCACGUCAUCGACAGGGUCAUGAUGAUGAACCGCGACGUCACGGUCUCCGGCUCGGCAGUCCCGGCCGCCACUGGACAGGCCUCCCUCGUCGCCACGUUCUUCACAGUUGCCUUUGCCCGCGCUCUUCACCAUUAAGAUGAAAGGGGAGAGUGGCGAGUUAGUUGAUAAACCUUACCUCCUCUUCCUGUAAUCUAGGAUGGCUAGUGGUGGCUGUGGCGGCUGCUGUGGCUACUGACAGUCUUUGGCAUUUUCUCUCUCUCUCUCUAUGUCUCUCUCUGUCUCGCUCUCUCACUUUCUAUCUGUCUGUCUAUCUCUCUCUGGAUCUUUAUGAAAUUUGUCUGGAAUUUUUAUGAUUAGCACCUGCAGAAUUUUCCUUUGCAAAACCAGAAUACUAAAGCCAUCUUGCAGUACUAUUAUAUAUGUAAAAAAGCUCCAGUGUCACUCCUUUAUUCUUUUUUUGCCUAGGGUAUUGUUUCCAAAGCUUCAGAUACUCAGCUAGAUUUGUCUUUCCCUAGAAUGUCAAGUAAAAUCUUUAACUUUGAUGUGGACAGGACAAAUGUAGAUAGUCUGCCAUACUCUUUUCCAUCACCCUCGAGGCAGGGAGGGAGACGCCCGCCUUGUCUUGAGGGCGAAGGGCAAACAGUAUUUUGACCAUCGGCGCCAAACAUAGGAUUAACCCUGAUUCCCUGACUUCUCCUUCACACACACACACACUCACACACACACAUAUACGCACACGCACACCUACACCUACGUUUAUGCAUACAGCCCUGUAAUAUACUGUCAAAGUCAAUGUUGUAAUUUGGAAAUAAUGUGUGAAAUAAGUAGAUGUUUCCAAGCUGGUUCUUUAAGGAUCAAUAUUACUUUGAGACACAUAGCGUUAACAGGAGGUGAUUCAAGUGCCGACGUAUAAGAUGUCUAAAAUUAAUGUACACCUAGAUGUAAGUCCCAACAUGCAAGCGUACUUGAUGACCAACCUAAUAGAUCUUCAAUUAUCUUACAAAUCCGAGGUACUACAACACGAUACAUUAUGGUGUGAUGUUCCUUUUCAAUUGUAAGUUUACUUUUAUGAAUUCCCCGGGAAGGGUCCACCAAAGCAUAAUUCCGUGCACCGAUGACCUGCGUGUGUCUCGUGCCAGAAAGAACCGCCGCCAGAGGGCAACUCGCGGCGCAGCAAGCCAGUGGAAGUUCUGUGAAGUCAACAUGUUUGGAUGCAGCAUUCAACUGCCAUGUAUCAUAGGCUUGUGUACGUUUUUCUACUUAAGAGUUUUACCAUUGAGUUCCCUGGAAGUAGUCAUCCUUAAAUCAAAGCUUGAGCAAGUACAUUUGUAAUGCAAUUGUAAUCAAACCAAAGUAGAAUCACAUGCUGGCUUUUUUUCAUUUUUGAUUUUUCCUCGCCGCUGUAAAGACUUCAUUUCGUAAGAGGUAGCUUUCAGAUUUUAGUUUAAGUCUGCAAAAGAUUCCACUAUAUGUAGUUGCCUAUAUACUUAAGGUCAAAGAUAUAACCAGUGGUACAUUCUACACCAAAGAUCACGAACGUUGAUGACAAAUACCUGUAAAUACUGACGAUGACGGGAGGUGCGUUCAGGCGAGCGACACCUCCACCUUGUUGAAAUGAAGGAGCACUCAAGCAUCCAGGAACAAUUACGAGUGACAGUUACGUUUAAUGAUGUAAAUGGAGGUUCAUAUUCCCUGUCUUUGUAGGUCUAAAAUUUUACUCUCCCUCACUGUAUUAAGCCAUUCUACCUUGAUGUCCACACUCAAGCAAACCAACACUUUCCGCUUGACUCUCCGUGGGCGCGACCGAGUACAAGAGUGUGAGUCUGUCUCUCCUUCAGCAUUACUUGAAUCUCUGCUCUGCCUUACUGUGGAGAACGUUAUUUUGUAAUUACUAGUUUCGGCAUCUCCUUUGUUUAUUUUGUAAUAUAUGUACACGCAGUUUUGUAUUUUUACAUCAUGGCAAUUCAUCAAGACUUAAAUGCCUCGGUUACAGAACUAAAAACGACCUUGUGGUGUUCCGGCUGUUUGUAAUAGAAUGUGUUUUGUGUAACAACUAAGAGUAAUUACCACAGAGAAGGGUUACUUAUGAUAAUCUAGUCACUGUAGCCACGGGGGUCUUCAAACUGUGUCUUGCCCUGAGCUGUACAUUGUAGAGCUUCCUGCACCUUGUAUGAGGCAGCAGCCGUGCCCUGGAGCCGAGCAGUCCAUCUGUCAGCCAGCCUGUCCACUCUAGUCCCUCCUCGGUAUCGCUCAACUUUUUCAAGACAACACCUCAGAAACUAAACUGGACUAAACUCUAUCAUGGCAUCUCCUGUUCGCUUUUUGGUAGCUUGUUGUAGAUAUUUAACCACAUCCAUCAUGAGGUUUGUCAGGGCAGGUUUUGGGUACAAGUGAAACAUGCAGCCACUUGGGGCCUUUUUCAGCUGUGGUGGCUCUUAAAAAAUUGAAAUUCUAAAAGUAAUUAAUUCACUGAUAGUUGGAAUUCAAGACAACCUGAUUACCUUAUGUCAGUGCAGAAUUAUGGACCCCCAGAGCAUAAUCCUACCUAGGGCAACCUGAAGACAAACAGGCAUUAGGUUGUGGCAUCCUUCAGGGCAUUAAAGGACUGGGUGGCAGGGGCAGGGCAUGGCUGGGUCACAGGGCGGGGCAUGGCUGGGUCACAGGGCGGGGCAUGGCUGGGCACUGGGUAUUAUGACAACAAACUAAAGUCCAACAUGAAAGGCAGCAUGACAGAUUCCUGUAUGAAAGAGGCCACAGCGUCGAGAGUGAUGAUAACCCUCGUGAACUAUAUUGUCCAAAUGCCAAAUAAGUUUCCCAUGGUGAUCCCUUCAGCGUAUAUCAAUGACCUUUCGGGAAAUUCUGUAAUCUAAUCAGGCUUUCACAGAAUGAGGCAUCUUUGUCAUUGAUAAAUUGGUGUGUCUUAUACUACAUUAAUUAAGAACUAGAUUGUUUAGACUUACACUUGGUCAUUGACAAGUCAUUAUUAUUUGAUGCUGGCAAUCAGUGUCCUGUAUGUAUCUUCAAUUUCCAAAACCUUGGGAAAAAUUUAGUCCAUAUUCAGACAUUUGUUUGUAGCUAGACUUGAUGAACUGGAACACAUUCUUAACAUUUGUUGUAUUUAUUGAUUUCCAAGAGACUUCAAACUUGGAGGCAUCAUUUUUGUACAUAGAACCGUUUGGUGUUGAGUGUGUACUGUAGGUAGUAGGGUCACAGCCUGUCUCAUGGAAGUGUCUGUGAAAACAGAAAGUGCAUCAUUCUGUGUGUUUCAAAUGGUGUUUAGAUGACUCAUUUUCUUGAAAGAUGAUAUGCCCUCUGUAAGUGUACCAAGUUUAUAUGUAAAUUCUGUGUUUUGUCCUCUCAAGAUCUCAGUACAGUGGGCAACAGUGUGGCGCAGGGAGGCUCUUGCCCCCAGGAAGGUCAUGUUGGGCUCGCGGGGUCACGCGCCUGAGCCAGUGGGGUCUUUCUCACCAUUUACCGCACGUGGAGGUUGUAAGCAUUUCUUGUGGUGAUGGUGGCUGCUGCGGCAGCGAGAUUGUGUUUGUGAAGCACGGCACAGCCGCGGCGCCCCAGCGGGCGUCGCGGCUGCUUGAACACAGCAACGCUGCGCUAAUCUUCAGCUUGGAUCAGUUUCUGCAGCCUGCACUUGAGAAAUUCGCUAUCAAAAUAUGAUCGAGUUGGGAUGGAAAUUUUGCCUUCUUUCAUCCAUCAUAUAGUGCAAGCACUGCUAGGCAAAACAAGUUUCUGCAUCUGUUUGAAAAAUAAAGGUAACCGUAUAAUCUUGCCUCAGAAGCUUUAAUUAACGUGAACAGGAAGUAGACUCACUCCUAGGCCUUUACGUUGUACAGUUGACCAGCAGCUGAGAUGGAUUAUUUUUGCAUAUAGUCAAGACUUUCAGUGACCCACAAACAACACUCUUGAUGGAAUGAAAGUUGGCAUUUUUGACUAGCUUUUAAUAGUGAUUAUUUAUGAUGUAAGUGUAGAAAGUCUAUCACAUAUGUUAGGAGAUUAUUUUGAUGUCAACAGUCAGUUAAUAAAUAAAGCUGAAAUUAUUCC